AUCACUCCAUUGCUCCCCCUGCAUAACGCGUUUCUAUAGCAACAUCUAACGAAAGACUUCUAAGGUUAGAGCCCAGAACUAACAGAAAAUGUCGGCAAUGAACAGAAAAAUUAUUCAAAACCUCGCUGAAACUUUAUGCAAGCAAGUCAAACAUUUUAGUAAAGCAGAGUCGGGGUGUCUGAUAAGGCUGUUCAACGGUCUGGUGGGAGAGCAGGCGGAGAGAAGAGCGGCUCACGGACUCGACCGGGUCCGGUUCAGAAAUAUCCUGCACAGCACAUUCGGGAUGACCGAAGAUGUGAUGAUGGAUAGAGUUUUUCGUGUCUUUGACAAGGACAAUGACACCUACGUAAGCGUCAAAGAGUGGGUGGAAGGUCUGUCUGUCUUUUUACGAGGCACGCUGGAUGAAAAAAUCAAAUUCUGCUUUGACGUAUACGACCUGAAUGGGGACGGAUACAUCUCACGGGAGGAGAUGUUUCAAAUGCUGAAAGACAGCCUCAUCAGGCAACCCACCGAAGAGGACCCCGACGAGGGGAUUAAGGAUGUUGUGGAAAUUGCCUUGAAAAAAAUGGAUUAUGACCAUGAUGGAAGAGUUUCUUAUUCCGAUUUUGAGAAGACAGUCGUAGAUGAAAACCUUUUACUAGAAGCUUUUGGCAACUGCCUCCCAGAUACGAAGAGAAUCCUGUUAUUUGAGCAACAUGCAUUCCAGGAACCACAUGAACAUUGAAAAGAACCACUGAAUUUUGUACAUGAAAAAAAAAGGUUUGUCAAAAAAUUGUGGCUGUAAAAUAUUGUUCAAUGUAAGACCACAGCUGUCUUAUUAAAUUCUUCUGCGUGGCUUUGCA